UUUAUCUUCAUUCAUUCACUCAUUCCUCUUCCUACCAACUCCUUCCAUUUUUCAUUCACCAUGUAUGCAAAUUCCAGCACUGCAUCACCUUCCUCAUUCUUCCCCAAACUCACUGAACUCAACAAUUCUGAGACCAAUUACUAUUAUUACCACAACAAUAACAAUAACAAUAACAAUAGUAAUUGUAGCAGUGGCUAUAGCAGUUACGGUGGAUCACCCUCACCCACACCUCCUUCUGUGCCCAUUCCCAACUUGAUGCAGAGGAGUGUUAGCUCCCAUUCCUUCCACUGCAACAACAAUGCCACCCAUCAUCCCUUUUCUGCUCUCUUUGCUCAGCUGCUCGACUCCGACGACUCUCCCGUCAGAAGAGUUUGCAGUACUGGUGAUCUCCAGAGGAUCAAUGGAAUGCAACAUAAUCAUCACUCGGAUAGUCCGUUAUCAAGCGAAAGUAGUAUGAUCAUAGAAGGAAUGAGCAGAGCCUGUCGAUAUAGCCCGGAGGAGAAGAAGGUCAGAAUUGAGAGAUACAGAAGCAAGAGGAGCCAGAGGAACUUCAACAAGAAAAUUAAGUAUGCUUGCAGGAAGACAUUGGCAGACAGCAGGCCACGCAUUAGAGGACGGUUUGCGAGGAAUGACGAAAUUGACAAGAACACUACAAUUCAAUGGAGCCAAAUUGGUGCUGGAGAGGAUGAGGAUGAAGAAGAUGAGAAUUGGAUCACUAUGUUAGAUUCCAUAGUUGCUGCAAAUUUUGCUCAAGAGUCUCAAGGAAGUUCCUCCUUUGGUUUAUUCUAUUAGAAUAAUUUCAUGUUCUAUAAGCCUAGUUCUUGUUCAGUUUGUUUUCCAUGUUCAAAGUAUUGUGGUGCACGUUUUUAUUUAGUUUAGAUCAAACUAGUAAUGUAAAUAUAGUUAUUUGAGUCGUCUAUGCAUAAUGCAGUUAUUAGACCUUUUAAUCUAGGGUGAUGUUUUUGAGUGCCCUGUAACUUUUUUAUAGGAUUCAGGAGCAAUGAAUUAUUGGAUGAAAACUUUGGCAAUAGUUGUACUUGUGGUUAAAGUCUACAGGAUGUAUUCUUAGUUUUUAUAACAUAUCCCUUUUGUUGAA